UGUUUGUAUGGCGAUAAUGGAUCACAGCUAGCUGACAAGCGGUAAUGCGCUUUGCUUAUUGCCGGAGAAACGCCGCCAGAUUUUUAAAUACCACCGGAUAACAUCGAAUCAAAACACCGUGAUAUUUCGCUCCUCUUUUGUGUGAGUCUGGGGUCUAUAAGGGUCUGUAGACAGCUAUGGGUGGGCUGGGAAACGGACGUCGUGGAGGGAGAUCACCCCCUCUAAUGAUUGGUGCCCUGAUUGCCUGUAUCCUGGUUCUGGGAUUUAACUACUGGGUGUCCAGCUCCCGCAAUCUGGAGCUACAGACUAAGCUUUAUGAGUUGGAGGGCCAGGUGAGGCGUGGAGCAGCAGAGCGUGGAGUGGCAGAAAUGAAGAAGACUGAGUUCCAGGAGGAAAUCCAGAGACAGAAGGAGCAGAUUAGUCACAUAGAAAGCCUCUACAAGAGACAGCUGGAAGGAGCCCAGAACACCUGCAGCCAAGAGAAGGGCGUACUACAGCAGAACAUUUCCUCCAGUACUAAAACCAUCCAGGAACUCAAAGGCCAGUUGAAUCAGCUAAGUGAUGACCUUGGGAAACUUCAGAAAGAGCUGCAGAGUUGCCAAGGCAACAUCAACACCCUCAAUAACAAACUCACUUACGAUAUGACACAUUGUCACUCCCAGGUGCUGUCUCAGAAGGAGCUGUGUGACGAGAGAGUGGCAGCUGCUAAACUUGAAGUGCAGAAGAAAAUGGAGAAACUCAUUCUUCCCUCGGCUGUCUCUACACAGGAAAACACAGUAAAAGAGGGACCAGUAAUGGCUGGACCUGGCACAGUGAAGACAGCAACUGUUGAAAGCCGCACAACAAGCCUCUCUCAGCCCAAAGGAAAUGAACCAUCUGAACUACUGACCAAUGAAAUCAUAGUGGACAAAGGUCUGGAUACCUCGAUGGACCUGGUUCCUGCAAAGGGUCCCCUGCAAAAAGAGUCCCAGUCUGUUCCCUCUGCCACUGCAAUCAAACAGGAAGUCCUGCUACCACCAGAGGAUGCUGAUGAAACAGAUAUGAGUGAGACAAAGACCAGUAAACUUUUGACGAAGAAUCUGACGGAGGAUAAAGACACAGAGGUGAUGGAUGCUCAUGAGGAGGCCACUCAGACAGAAGACCCUGGUAUGGAAGGAAUGCUGAUUGGCCAGGGGAAGGCAGAAGAGACUACUACUGGUCAGAAACUGGAGGACCCAGACGAUUAUGACGCAGAUGAGCAAGUAGUGGGUGGAGUUGAUUCAGAGAAACGGCAAAAGAAUAAACAGCCCGAAAAUAUAGAUAAGGACAUGGAAGAGGAGCUGGCUGACUACAACGGGGAUGAUGAGAACGAAGGCGAGUUUGAAGCGGACAAACAAGCCGAGCUUGCUCAAAUUUAAGUGCUGAAGUUGAAGAAGGAUCCUGCAUUGCACAUUAGGAAGUAGGACCUGUUUCAUCACCAACACAACAACACUGUCGUACAAGUUUAAAACAGCCCUCCAAGCUCAUUGAGCACUGUAUUCUCUGUCAAACUGUAUUCUCUGUAUGGAAAAGCUGGGGUUUAAUUCAGUUGUUCCCUUGGUUAGGGUUCAAAUCUUUCAGUUUUCAUGCAUUUGAUUUUAUUACAUGAAAUCAGAUAUUUUGCAAGUAGGGAAGUUUUCUGUGCUGGAGAAAGAAUAUUUACAAUUCCAUAUCAAAUUCACGCUAUUCUGUGAGAACCAUGAAAAAAGACUGAAAUUAACAAAUAUCUGCCAAGCAUGUACACACAUUUUUUUCCCAUUAUUCUAGUGACAGUGCUCAAAUGAAUUUUAUAUGAUUAAUGGGUGAUAAUGAAAGUGCUUGCUACUUCGACGUGCUUUAAUUUCACCUUCUUAAAUGUUUGUACUCUUUGGGAAUGCCAAACACGACUUAAGACAUCUCAGUUAACCUGUUGGAUUGAAAAUGUAAUAUGUCAACAUGACUGGAAAUCUGUAGUUUUUAUGUUAUUUGAUGUGUUGUAGGUGUUUACUCCACAAUGACUGUAAUUUAAAUGCAAUAUAAGGGACCCUUAAAGGGGUAUGAAAGUGAGACAUCUGAGUAAUCAUGAGGACUCUGUAGCUCAUGCCUCUUCUCUCUCUCUCUGAGGUUCAACAGCAUCCUAAACACAGCCUUAAGUUAUUCCUGGACAGAGUCUCAUAGAAAGGAUGCUGAUUGUGGAACUGUGGCCAGAACCCUCUAGUCUAUAAAAAGUGUCUUGAGUGAGAUCAAAUGAAGUUAUGCAUAACGGCAACAAAUGAAGGAAAUACACCGAAAUGCUCGUUAGACUCCAGAGUCCAGUUUAUUGCUGAACCCACUUAAAUGGAAAAUGCUGCCAAAAAAAAUGCUGUGAGAAUUGCUGUGACAUUAUGAAAGACAUUUCUUCGAAGCAAUUGCAAUCCAGUAGACGUGUAAUAUUCAGCAGCUGUGCAAGUCUUAUCAGUCCAUUCAAUUUAAAACCGCACUACACUGUAAACUGUGGCUGAGCUCAAAUGUCAACUAACAUUAGGCAUCAGACAAAACAAACAAAGUUUAAUUUUGUGGCAGGAUAUUUUGUUGCCUUGUAUUUUUAUACUGUCUGUACAGGACAGAUGAUUUCUAUUAUUUUCCAGGUACACCGCUUUAUUUAGAAGUGGUGAGUCUGACUUAAUAAUCCCCCACUUACUCUACUCACUACGUUGUAAUGUCCACGAUUUCCAUAACGCUUUGGCUUCAUAUCAGCAGUCCAAGAUUACAGUUAGGUCGUGGAGUUAUUUUAUGACUAACUGCAAGAAGCACGUUAAAAACCCAAGGGGUAUAUUUGCAUGUUAUAUGCAGUUCAGCUAUUGACUGUCAUAGAUAAGUGUGCAUGAGAAAACUAAAAUUUGAUUAUGCACAGCUCCUCUUCAUUGCAUUUCACAC